CCGACUGGAGGCCAAGAAGAAGAAGAAGAAGAAGAGACCCAGCCCCUCCUGUAAACCAGCAGUGAGGCGACCGGGCCUCCACCACUUUUGCCGAUUAGUUUGAUGGCUCCUCUCCCUUUGCCACACAAGUUAUAAAAUGCUCUAUCAGUGCGGGUUGUUAAUGUUACAGUUUAACGGAGGUUUGUUUUCCACCUCCUCCUCCACGGUCCACGGCUACUUCCUGGUGCCACAGAGAGAGGCAGUGCUGAGUUAAAGAGACAGAAAUACUGAUAGAAAUUCAGAUAGAAAAAAAUACGGAGAGAAGAGAGGGGCUGGAGACGCGAUAGGAACAGUUGACUGGAUUCCCAGGAAUUGAAAACCCUCUCUCUCUCUUCUUAUUUAUAUGUAUUUUUUGGGUAUUCCUCUGUUUAACCGAGUCGUCAUUCUUCGUCGGUUUGUAAACUAACAGGCGGUUUGGAUGACGGUUGGCUGCGGCUGAAGCGGAAUUGUAACGGGGAACGUAUUCCUCCCUCCGACGGAGAAGCCUCGCAGAGAUUUUCCCCCUUUUUUUAUUUUACAGUAGACUCGUUCUGUGUUAUUUUAAACCACAAUAUCAUCCCUGGUAUUAUUUUCUAUAAAUUUUUUUACGAUUCCACAAGGAAGGGUUAGGGCGACGGAAGAUGGGUUGUUUGGGCAACAGCAAGACUGAAGAUCAACGCAUCGACGAAAAGGCACAACGAGAGGCUAAUAAAAAGAUAGAAAAACAGUUGCAAAAGGAAAGACAAGCUUAUAAAGCCACACACAGGCUCUUAUUACUGGGUGCGGGAGAGUCCGGAAAAAGCACCAUUGUGAAGCAGAUGAGGAUUCUACACGUCAACGGCUUCAACGCGGAAGAAAAGAAACAGAAAAUCCAAGAUAUUCGGAAAAACGUGAAGGAUGCCAUAGUGACUAUAGUGUCUGCGAUGAGCACUUUAAUACCCCCUGUCCCGCUAGCCAAUCCAGAGGACCAAUUCAGAAUCGAAUACAUCAAAAGCAUAGCACCUCUCUCUGACUUUGACUAUUCACAGGAGUUCUUUGAUCACGCAAAGAAGCUGUGGGAUGAUGAAGGAGUGAAGGCAUGCUUUGAGAGGUCCAAUGAGUACCAGCUCAUCGACUGCGCACAAUAUUUCCUGGACAGAAUUGACUCUGUAAGACAGAGCGACUACACACCAACGGACCAGGACCUGUUACGCUGCCGAGUGUUAACUUCAGGGAUUUUCGAGACGAGGUUCCAAGUAGACAAAGUGAACUUUCACAUGUUUGAUGUUGGGGGCCAGAGAGAUGAAAGGAGAAAAUGGAUCCAGUGCUUUAACGACGUCACUGCUAUCAUCUUCGUGGUGGCCAGCAGCAGCUACAACAUGGUAAUAAGGGAAGACAAUAACACCAACAGGCUACGGGAAGCCCUGGACCUCUUCCGCAGUAUUUGGAACAACAGAUGGUUACGCACUAUAUCGGUCAUAUUAUUCCUGAACAAGCAGGACAUGCUGGCUGAGAAAGUAUUAGCUGGAAAAUCCAAAAUUGAAGACUACUUCCCUGAAUAUGCUCGCUACACCAUACCAAAUGAAGCAACUCCCGAACCUGGCGAAGACCCGAGAGUGACGAGAGCUAAGUUCUUCAUCCGAGACGAGUUUCUUCGGAUCAGCACUGCGAGCGGCGACGGCAGACACUACUGCUACCCCCACUUCACCUGUGCCGUGGACACAGAGAACAUCCGGCGGGUGUUCAACGACUGCCGGGACAUCAUCCAGAGAAUGCACCUGCGGCAGUACGAACUCUUGUGAUGGGAGACCGCCGCUGUCAGCCUUCUGUGUUUUUUCUCCACCAUUCUGCAUCCUUGACGAACCCUUCUUCCUCCUCCUCCUCCUCCUCCUCCUUCCUCCUACUCCUCUUCCUCCUCCUCGUCUUCACCCCAAAACUUCACCCUUCUCCUCCCCCAAAGAAACCCUCAACAACCCCUGACCACCCCCUCCUGUCGAGGACUAUGAAGUACUACUGAAGUGUGUCAAAUCCUCUUCCUCUUCUUAACUUCUUAGCUUUUUGUACUUCUUUUUUUUUUUUUCUCUGAGACAGAUUCAUCCCCAUUUCACCGAUGUAAAAGGAAGGUUGGGGAACAAAGUUGUUGCGUGCCGCUUCUAAUUUUUUUUUUCUCUUUUUCUUUUACUCCUUCCUUUUGAAUGCCUUGAUUUUUGUCAUUCCACUAAGCCUUGGGCUACCUCCUUUUUUUUUUUUUUUUUUUUUUUGCCCCUUCGUGUCCUUCUGUUUUUUGGCUUUGUCAUUGGACCUGAACUGGUGGGUGUGGAUACAUAAAAACACACCUACAGGACCUCAAUGUAGAGGCAGUGUGUGUGUGUGUUAAUGUGUGUGUGUGUGUGCGUAAUGGAAGAGUAGGAGGAAUGCCAUGUGAGAGAGCGCAUAUGUGUGUGUUUAUGUUUGUAUGUCACCUGCCGGUUAAAAGCCGGCAUCUCCACCAUGACCUUUGCCCCAGUCUUUUUUUGUUUUUGUUUUUGUUUUGUUUUUUAGUUGAUUUUUUUGCCCCGUCACCCCCUCCGACCUGCUUCUUCUUCUCUCCGCGUGGAAGACGACUGGACGCCGAAGAAAGCGGAGAGGACGGAGGGGAAACCGAGUGGAUGAAGAGAUAAAUGCACUUUGCAUCAGGUUCCUUAAUAACUUUUUUUUUUUUUUUUUUUUGUUGUUGUUGUUGUUGUUGUUUUUUCUCCAGAGGAAGCAUACACACAAUGUAGCAUCACAAUAUUUAUUACCCUGUCACGAUGUUAGCUUGCCGAGCUGCAGAGGGUGGACCGAGCAGCCGAGAGACAUGUGGAGCGAAAGAUUACACGACGUAAAAUACGACAAGGACGACGUGAAGAAGGAUUUAAAUGAAGGAAAAGGGGACUGAGCUCUCUGCACCUUAGCCCUGCUGCCUCCACGGACUCGGAUCUGCCUCCUUUUUUCCACACAAACCAUCGUUUUAGCUUAGAGAUACUGAUGGGAGGGGAGGGUGGGGUGGGGCGGGAGGGGAGAGAAAAAUGUAUUGUUCUUUUUUCUUUUCUUUUCUUUUCUUUUCUUUUUCUUUUCUUUUUUUCCUUUUUGGUUUUGUUUUUUUUGUUAACUUGUACACUGUGCAAGGUUGAAUUAUCCUGUACAGACUGUAAAAUGUAAUAUUAUUUUGUACAACUUAAUUGAAAGAAAAACAAAUCUACUUGUAGAUCUUUGUGCCUUGAUUAUGGCUGUACCUGUAAAUGAGCUCAGAUGUAAGUAUGUUUUCGACUGCGCUGUACAGCUUGAUGUCAAACUCUAUCGGCAGCGGAAGACUGCGGGUAGGGGACUUUCUCUGUAGAGUUUAGUUUUUUCUGGUUUAUAAAAAAAAAAGGAAAUGCUGUUUAGUAAAAAAUAAAAAAUAGGGAAAAAAUCCUAAAAACCUGUAUACAUUAUGCAAAUUAACCACUUACCUGCAGUGAAGACCAGAUGUUGCAGCGCCAUGCCUUUUUUUUUUGUUUUGUUUUCUUUUAUUGGUUUUCUUUUUCCUCCUUUUAUUUUAUUUUAUUUUUUGAAUUUCACAGCUUUAAACAAACAUUGGAAAUUCAUUGAAAGUGUCCAAAUUGCAACCUGGUGUUGUUUUAAUAGGAACCAACGUUUUUUCGAUAUGAAGUGUGUCUGAGAUCUGUACUGAUGUGCGUGCCUGUGCGCAUGUGUACAUAAAACAAACAUAGACUCACAGACGCAUUGUGUGUGUGUGUGUUUGAGGGCGAAUGUGCGUUGUGUGUAAAAUUUUAUAAAUGUAUGUACAUGUAAAUUUAUAGGUCUAUAUAAAUAUAUAUGUACAAUUAUACAUGUUUAAUUAUGUGUGUGCCUAGGUGUACAUACCUAUGUAUGUAUACGGUAAAUAUGUAUACAUACACACAUAGGAAAGCAUGUUUAGAAUGGAGAUGAAUAAAUGAGAGCGUGCAAUAUUAGUAAUUCUUUGGUCCUUUGGAGCCAUACCCAAUGGCACAGGCACUAUGAAUGUGUGAGCAGCACCCAACAAGACAAGCUCUUCUCCUUGUACAAACAGCAUCAGCCUUUUCUUCUGCUACAGUACACGUCUAUCCCCAAAAGAGAGUGAACUGACUGGAGGUGCAAAAACCUUGUUUGGCCUGGGAGGAUGAUUAAAUGACAUUUUUAUUUUCUUUAAAUAAAGAGGCACAUUAGAGGACUUUGCUUUA